AUGUUCAAGAGGUGUUUGAUAUUUUUGGUAAUAUCCAUAUUUAGCAUAGCCCUAGUUGUAUACAAAAGGGUAAAGCAUGAAAAUCUGAAGGAGGAGUACUAUAAGGGGGGGGGAGAUAUCGAUGGUUCAGGAGGCAGGCCUCUAUGGGGGGGCACGGAUGAGUGUAGCUCGAAUGGAGAAUUUUGCACCAUGGAUUACAGCGAUAUUGGUAUGAAACAGGAUGAAUACAAAAUUGUACAUUACAAAGACACACGGAUUAAUAAGGUGAAGAAAGGACUGAAGCAAAUUCUCCAACCCUUCUUCACAGAAAUGAAAAGUGAAACGAAUAGCAAGCAUAUCAUUUCUUUAUUUUUAGAGUUCUUUGAAAAUUCUAAAAUUUUCCUAACUGUCUCCUUGCGCUCAAGUUAUCAUGUUCUUUACGCCUACGGAAUAGUGUUAAUAUCUUUCCUCAAGAUUCUAUUCUUAUGGUACAUAAUUUUAGAGCCAUAUUUACAGUGGCUCCUUCUGAAGCUAAGAAUGACGUAUGUAAAUUUGGACUACAAAACGAAGAAGUACGUAAUGACCAUGUUGUGUACGUUUUUAACUGUUCUCUAUCUGAUUUAUUAUGGAGUUAUAAAAUAUAUUUUAAAUAAGAUUUCCAAGUUUUACAGAUAUUUGAUGAAAAAAGUGUUCAAAAUUAAUAAAUUUAUGUUCAAUAUAUUGCCAUAUUUAUUGAGCUCCUUGUUGUACGUCACUUUGGUCAAAACCCUACCGAUGUCCUUCAUUUCGUUUUUUAUCUAUUCCAUUUUUUUUCCCCUGCCUUCCGUCUACUCUGUCCUUAUCAUUUUGAAAUAUGUAUACCCGUCUAAGAGUAGCGAGAGCCUUAUGGACAGCGUUACACACAAGUUGAAUUUUUCUAAAUAUAUUAAUGCCAUGAGUCAGUAUGCUAUCCUGAAGGACGGCGAGCUGGCGGAAGAAAACGAAGGUGAAAAAGCAGUUGAAGAAGAAAAAGCAGUUGAAGAAGAAAAAGCGAAUGAAGUUGAAAAGGCGGAUGAAGUUGAAAAGGCGGAUGAAGCUGAAAAAGCGGAUGAAGCUGAAAAAGCGGAUGAAGCUGAAAAAGCGGAUGAAGCUGAAAAAGCGGAUGAAGCUGAAAAAGCGGAUAAAAUUGAAAAAACGGAUGGCGUUGAAAAAACAGGUGAAGGCGAAAAAUCGAAUGAAGUUGCAAAAGAAAAUGAUCCCCCAGCUACGGAUCUGAAGACGGGCGAACUUAAGGCGGACCGCUCGAACGGCUCCAAGAAGAAAAAGUUCUCUCUCUUCAGCCUGGAAAAAUUUGGCUUUAACUCCAGAAAGAAGGGCCAAAGCGGAAAAGCGGUCGAAAACGAGAACCGAAACAGCGGGGCGAGGGGAGACCCUCCUGCCAGCAGCCGCAGACCCAGCAUUUGCGAAUCCGUAGGAGAACCCAAAGCAGAGGAAGAAAACAGAGCUUCGUACUACGAUGUGCCCAUUUUACUAGAAUAUUGGCUCUUUAUAAACAUUUUAAAAUUUUUAAACUUUUUUUUUUUCCGCAAUUAUAACAAAACCUCGUUCAUGUUUGAGUAUUUUACCCUGUUCGUAAUAUGCCUGAACGUUAGCGAAAAGUUGCACGAAUUUGUCUUCCUAAAAGAUUACAAAUCAUCCAUCCUGGUUCGCAUUUUGAAGAGUGUGUUAGUCAGCACAGUCGAUUUUGUCUUAUACACCUUAUUCAACGUCAGACUGGAAAACGAAGAAAAGAAAGACAAGAAAAACGCAGAGCCCGAUAUGCAAUAUAACGAGAGAAGCAAUUUACUAAUUAGGAUAACAAAAAUAGUAAAGGAUAAGUUGAAGUUAAACGAAACAGUUAAAUUCAGCCUUACCUGUCUCAAGUCAGUCAUUACAGAAAAUGUGGUCGAAAGUGUUCAGCUGCCAUUUUAUAUAAAAAUUUUUCUUAACCUCUUAAUAUACAUGCCGCAGCUUAUCCUUUUAAUUUUCCCGUCCUUUAUCCUUAAAAUAUAUUUUGCUUAUUUCUUUUUUAUUUUCCCAAUAUUUGGAUCUCUCAAAUGUUUAGAAGAAAAAAAUUCAAUACAUAACAAAAUUUACUUCAUAUGUUAUUUUUUCUUUUACAACAUUGCCUCGGCCACUGUAAACCAUGCCUUUUUCAAGUGUUUGCCUUUUUACAAUUUAUACAAAAUUUUAAUUACCAUAUAUGUUCAAACUGUUCUUAAAUAUAUUUUUAAUGUCCUCAAGGUUAAGAGUUGA